ACAAGAAUGACCAUGAUGCUGACAGCAGUUAUCAAGUAUUGCACAGCAUACUUUAUAAUAUUACUUACUGCUAUCAAUGGUCAAGUGUUUUACAGCUUUGAAAAUGGAACUUGUGCUGAUGAACUUCCAAGUUUCUGCAUUUGUAAUCCACUGCAGAUAGUGUGUGACUGCAAAGGAGCUAAUGUGGUAUUUGGGAAUGAAUUUACAAGGCAACAGAGAUUUAUUACCAUGCAAAACUGUCAUCGUCUAUCAAUCAAGCCAAAAAGUUUCUUGAGUAAUGGUCCCUUUAUGGUUGUCCUCAAAAACAUUAGUGAUAUCCGCUUAAUGCCCGAAUCCUUUGCCCUGGAUGUAUUUAGGGAGCCAAGAAUGAACCUCACACUCGAGAACUCGUUGCUCCACAACUUACCCACAAAUGGAUUUACGGGAUCAGAUGUUGAGUCUCGUGUCCUAACAGGAUUAAAGAAAAGGAAACCUCCACAACUGAUCUUUAAUGUUGAUAAAUGUGUGAUUAACAAAAUAGACCAAGGGGCUUUUGGAGAUUUUACACUGCAAGAUUUCUCUAUUUCUAAUUCAAAAGUGAAAAUGGUCAGCAAAAAUGGCAUCAGUAACCAAUUUUCAGGAAAAUUCAAAAUAACCAAUUCAACACUUGGGUUGGAGGAAAAUGCUAUCAUACUGAAAGAAACUCCAGGAGAUGAUGGAUUACUAAUUAAAAACAAUACUUUUGAAAUUGCUGAACCCUCUUUUCUGCUGGGAAGCAUUGGGAGAGACGUUUACAUUGUAAACAACACUUUCCCUCCCCUGGCUGGGUCACCCUUCAACCUGAGAGUAGAAAGCCAAGUGCUCCUCAAGUCCAAUACCUUUGCCAACAUCCCAGAGAAUGGCCUGAGGUUUCAGGUCAAGGACCGGAUCACGAUUGUGGACAAUAUUAUUAAUCAUCUCGAAGGCAAUGCAUUUCAGCGAAUUGCACCCACAGAUGGAAAGACGUUUAUUUUCCUUGAUGGGAACAUCAUCAAACAGCAUGACCCAAGGUCACUCUGUAUCAGUGAGCUGUUUGAUGAAGACUUUGUGGUCAUCAAGCACAACAUAUUUCAGCAACAAUGUUCUUGCAAUAUUACUGCAGAUAUAUCCAAUAGUUUGGGCUUCAAAGAGGUUAUACAAGAGGAACUCAACCAAAACAAAAUUCAUCAGCAGUGGCUCCUGCAGGGUGAGUGCCUCAAAGAGGCUAGUGGCACAGACCGCCUCCGCAUUGAAUAUUUCCUGGUGCAAUUCUGCUUCAGGAACAACAGGCUGACCAAUGUGAUGCUUAUUCUCUUUGCUGUCCUUCUCAUUGUGAUUUCCACCUGUGUUAUUGUGGCCUGGCGGAGAAUCAGGCAGAGGAACUUGGCCUCACAUACAGGGUCUGACUACCAAUCUUUCAGUGCUCCAGCACCCUCCAGCACAGGUCAAGGUGCUUGGGCAAUGGUUCAGCCAGAUCCCAAGAGAUACCAAGAAACAGAAAUACAUAUUGUCUUUGACAAUGCCCAAGAGAUGAAAGACUUUGGCAGAUGUUCUCAAUACAGUGAUGGAAAUGUUUCCACUAGGAGAAUAAAGAGCAUUAAAAGUAAAGACAAUAAGCAUGAUAGCAGCACCUAUGACACAGGGGUUGCAGGGAGACAAGAUGAUGAAACUCAAGAUUGCCAAGAAAGCAGCAAAAGAGAAAAGAAUACCAAAAUCACUGACAGCAUAGAGAUGAAACAAGACCAAUAUUUGCGCCAAUCUUGCCCCGCCCUAACUCUCCCUGAUUAACUGAUAGCUGUAAUGAAAUGUUCAUAUUUGGGAUAGACUGCACUGAUCAGGUACAUUGCAUGGUAACCAUCUACAUAUUUUUUUCUCAGUUUGUAAGGUAUCUCUGAAAUCCUUAUAUAGAUGAUAAAUCAAAUCUAGCUUUGUAUGUACGUAUAACAAAAACCAAUGACUUGUUUUCUAGCUUUGUAAGCAUGAAGAACACAUGAACUUGUUUUCAAUGGGUUUCAAGGAUUAUAACUUUCUGUAUUUUAAUAACAGAAAAUAUAUAUAAUACAACACUAGCUGGACAAGAGUGACACCUUUAUCAAAAAAAUUGUGAAAUGUUCAGCUGACAUGGAUAUUUGAUAAAGAUGACAAAGAGGAUAUUUACACCAAAUAAAAAAUAUGAAGUACCAGAAAUCUCUGGGUAACAGUCAUUCUGAUGACUUCUGGCAACCACCAAGCCUUUUGGCCAGGGAAUCCACUAUGUAUAGCAGAACUUCCCACUCGACUCGCCUAUAGCUGUACCUGUUACAAUGAGUUGCUUUUUCUUGAUGGUUAUAGGCGUGCCCAGCAAUAAGAAGUUUAUAAAGUGGAAGAUAUAAAUGUUUAAUAAAAAUAAUGAAAAUCAUAAGAUUUCUGUAAUUAUUGUGAUAAAUAAAAAAAAUACAAGGUAUGAAGCAAAAUGAUGGUUGUCCUUACAACCAAAUAGACUGCAGCGUGAAAGUGACUUGUAUGACAUAUACAUUCAAGGAAAGAAAUGUAAAUUUUUUAUCUAAAUCUUAUAAUGGUAGAGUAGUAACUGAAGCGAUGAUUUGCAUCUUUAUGUUGGAUAUGUACUUGACCCAAUGUUGCCGGGGAAAAUGCUGUUCUCAUUUUUUAUAUUUCUGGUGAAAUGUCUGCACAUAAAUGUCUCUGCUAGUGCUGAGUCACAAAGGAGUCAAUUAGUAGAUCCUGUGACCUUACAUGAUUUCACCUUUCCUUGAAUUGGUGGGAAAAAUGUAUUUUUUACUAUUGCUAUGAAUAUCAAUGGUGUUAGUUUUUUAUUAUAAACAUUAUAAUUACUAUAAUGUUAUAAACAUUAGUAACAGCAAAAUAAGAUAAUGUAAAAUAUUUUCGUAAAUCAAAGAAAAGGGUAAACCACCGAGACAGGCAGUAGUGGUAAUUGACUCAUUGGUGACUUAGUACAAGUGUAGCCAUUUAUGUGUAAAAACAAUUCAACUAGUGAACUCACAGUGGGCAUGGCAUACAUGUAGAUGUGAUGCCCUUCAGCUUUGGGUUAAUACUUAUUUCAGAUAAUCUCAGUGCAAAAUAUGGCACAAUUUUGAAAACAAUAUACAUCUUUUUUGCAUGAAUGGAGAGUUAUGAUAGCAAUACAUAUAUUUAUAUUUUUGGUCUGUGUGUUGAGCUAUGAAAUCUAUAAAUAUUUUUCUUGUGUGUAGAUUACAUGAAUGGGUACAUAAGGAUGAUCUUUUAUGUGCAGGAUGCAAAUCUGUAUUUUCUAAGCAAUCUAUAUAUGUUCUUUACAAUGCCCUUUGCUAUAAACAAUGCAAAGAUGGUGAGGGCUUGCUCAUCUUCACUUACUCCU